AUGGGAACAGAUUGGGCGCCAUCGGUGAUAGCUGUUGGAUUGUUCAUAUUAUUAUCUCCAGGAUUGUUAUUCCAGUUGCCAUCAAGAACAAGAUUCUGCGAAUUCGGGAAUAUGUACACUAGCGGGAUUGCAGUACUUGUUCAUGCCAUAUUGUACUUUUGUUUAUUUACAAUUUUGACUGUCGCCUUUAAUCUUCACAUAUGGUCCGAUUUUUCAUUUCCUCCUAUUAAGAUUUAG